CUGGUCCGUAAAUCCCCCUUUUUCUCUAUCACACACACUGUCUGCCUCUUCGUCUAUCUUCAGUCUCAUGUUCGAACCACCGACAAGCCGGAGCAGAUCUAACCGGUACUGAGAGCUCGCUGCCGGGGGCAGGCAGAGUCCACUCAGCGGUUCCAGGAUGCGGUACUUCAAGUUUUGGGGACCAUGUUCGGUUGGAUUUUAUAUUUGUGCUACCAUGCUUUUCAAAGGAUCCCUGCAGGGUGAACACCAGAGGAGGCUGUACAAGGAACUGAUGGCUAACUACAACCGACUGGAGAGACCUGUGGUCAACGACUCAGCCCCCAUCCUGGUGGAGCUGGGCCUCACUCUACUGCAGAUCAUAGAUGUGGAUGAGAAGAACCAAGUGCUGAUGACCAACGCCUGGCUGCAGCUGUACUGGACCGACAUAUACCUGAGCUGGAAUCCAGAAAACUUCCCUGGUGUCCAGAACCUGAGAUUCCCUUCAGACCAGAUCUGGACCCCUGACAUCCUUCUUUACAACAGUGCGGACGAGCGCUUUGACGCCACCUUCCACACCAAUGUACUGGUGAAUGCAUCAGGUUACUGCCAGUACAUCCCUCCUGGUAUCCUCAAGAGCACCUGCUACAUCGAUGUGCGUUGGUUCCCCUUCGACGUGCAAAAGUGCGACUUGAAGUUUGGCUCCUGGACGCACAACGGCUGGCUGCUGGACCUCCAGAUGUUGGAUGUGGACAUAUCCACCUACAUAUCCAAUGGGGAGUGGGACCUUGUGGGUGUGCCAGCCAAGCGCAACGAGCUGUAUUAUGAUUGCUGUAAGGAGCCCUACCCAGACGUGACAUUCACGGUCACAAUGCGCCGCAGGACACUUUAUUACGGCCUCAAUUUGCUCAUCCCUUGUGUGCUGAUCUCCGGCUUGGCCCUGCUGGUCUUUUUGUUGCCUGCUGACUCUGGAGAAAAGAUUUCUUUAGGCAUCACCGUGCUCCUCUCGCUAACUGUCUUCAUGCUUCUGGUGGCAGAGAUCAUGCCUGCCACGUCUGACUCUGUCCCUCUCAUCGCUCAGUACUUUGCCAGCACCAUGAUGAUUGUGGGGAUGUCUGUGGUGGUGACUGUUAUCGUCCUGCAGUUCCACCACCAUGACCCACAGGGAGGCAAGAUGCCCAAGUUGGUUCGUGUGGUUCUAUUGAACUGGUGCGCCUGGUUUCUCCGGAUGAAACAGCCUGGUGAAGAGCGCAAGCGGCCUGGCUACAAAUACCGUCACCCGUCCCAGCACCACUCUAGCACCGGCUCCAUAGAGAUGGGUGCUGUACCAAGCCUCAGUGUGCCCCUUUCACAGACUUCCUGCCCACCAUGCCCCACAGGCACCUCCAACGGUUCCAUGAGCCUUUACUUCAGUAACUACCACCCCAUAGAGAGCCCACACUGCCCACCUUCUAGCGACUCUGGGGUUGCACUAGGAGGACGUGCCCAUGGCUCGCCCAGUGAUGAGGCUGAGCCACCUGGAGGGGUUGGCAGUGGUGUUGGAGGUCUGGGGAUGGGAGUUGGAGCUGGGAUGGGUGUCGGCAUCCCCCCACCAGAGAUCCAGCACAUCUUGGAGGAGGUUUCAUACAUUGCUCAGCGUUUCCGGGACCAGGAUGUGGCUGAGGCUAUCUGCAGCGAGUGGAAGUUUGCAGCGGCGGUGGUGGACCGGCUGUGUCUGGUGGCCUUCUCUCUCUUCUCCAUCAUUUGCACCUUCACCAUCCUCAUGUCAGCACCCAACUUCAUUGAGGCUGUCUCCAAGGACUUCACAUAGCUGGUUUCAGCAGCUAGAGAGGGGCGAAGGACCAUUCAAAUAUUAGAGAUAGAGAAGAGAUUAAGAGAAAGUGGAUGGGGGGGAGGGAAGUUAUAAAGAAUGCAAUAUGUGGUCCUGUACCUGAUGUCCAGGAGGUGGGCCAUUCAAAGAGGUAAUCAAAGCUAUUGGCCAAUUACAUCUAUUAGUGAUAAACAAGUUGUGAUUAGACACAUUUUAGUGUUAUAUUUGUAAAUUCUUAAUGAAACUGUAUUUACAUCAGAGGCCAAUUUUUAUUGUCUUCAGAAGGAAAACAGGUUGGGUUUGCAGACAGAUGAGACCUCAGGCUGGAGUUGGAAAUCACAGAGGCAGUAGAGUGUAAAAUAGAUUUCCUUUUCUAAAUUGUGCAAAAUAUUAAUAAGGAGUAUUAUAUAGUGUUGCUGCAUAUUGUCUUUACCCUGACAACAGUAUGACUAUAAUGAUAAUAAUAAUAUUCAUAGUAAUUAUAACAAUUGAUUGAAUUUAUAUAGCGCCUUCCAGGACGCUUUACAUGGUGGAGGGACCAGACAAAGAACAAAACAAAACUGGUGAGAGGCAGAGUAAAGGGGUGGUUGUAGGCUGUGGAGAAUAGAUAUAGUUUUAGAAGGUAUUUGAAUGAGUCAAUUGAUGGGGCAUUGCGGAUGUCUGAGGGAAGGGUGUUCCAGAGGGUGGGGGCCGUGACACUGAAGGCCCUGUCUCCACAGGUGCAGAGUGUGGUGUGUGGUGUGGAGAGCAGGCCAGGGUCUGAGGACUGGGGGUUUCGGGAC